AUGAGUACAAUAGUCCCAAAGGUAGGUGUUGUUGUUUUCGGCUUGCUGACAGUUUCUCAGAAAACCCCUGUGAAAGUCAGCAGGGCAAAAUCCGCCAAUGCGUCUGUCUCACUAUUCGUGUCUGAAUUGAAGGAAAUUCUCAAUAAUCAAACGGCAUGUGUACCCAAUAAGGAAAUGCUCGAUUUAGCGAAGGAGGUUAUAGAAGUUAAUAAUUUGCCGAUCCAGCCAGAUGAAUUGCUGAAUAGGGCUAACUACUAUGGCUAUAUCCUGAAGCAGGGCACCUUCUGGAAGACAAAUGUGUAG